AACUUUCCUAUAAAUAACCCUCUAUAACAAAAUGAAAUCAAACACAUCACAAAACAACUUGGUUUGCUUAAGUUAAUUCUUCAAAGCAAUUAGAAAUUUAGCCAGCAAAUACUAUGGAGAAGUUAGCUCUCCUGGUUGCUUUCUUGCUUCUUGCAUCACUCUUUCAACCUCUCACUGCUCGAAAUUUGGAAAUCGAUGCCUUUCAGCUUGAUGUGGCUCAGUCUGGUUGCCCAGGAGUGACAAAGGACCGAUGGCCAGAGCUUCUUGGUGUGCCAGCUAACCUUGCGAAGCAAAUUAUUCAGAAGGAAAAUCCAAAACUAACUAAUGUUCCAAAUGUACUGAAUGGUUCUCCAGUGACAUUAGAUCUUAGAUGUGAUCGAGUUCGUCUCUUUGUUAAUGUGUUGGACAUUGUUGUGCAAACUCCUCGAGUUACUUAAGGGGGAAAAAUUACCCGCAUCGAGUGUUUAAGUAUGUCAACCAGUUAGCCCCAUGAAAAUAACUUGGAGGUGUAUGGUUAAUGUCUCCAUGUAUUACACCAUUUGGUGAUAAAUAAGUGUGGCUUUUUGUAUGUUA